AUGGCCGGCGAGGAGGCUCCGGAGGGCAGCGGGACCAGGAGGCGCAUGGAUCUAAACCUGUAUCUUGGCCUCCCUCCAUUGCCGCGGCCUCCAGUCUGGCUGUACACAACAAUGAUUUCCCCGACGUUGAUGCCCCACUCGACUGGUGCUGCGCUGGAAGCCCCAAGAACGGGCGAGCCUGAGGAAUCGCUCGCCCCGGCGGCGGCGGCCUAUUCGCCAUCCAAUGCGCUUUCCACCCCGGAGGAGCACCCAAUGCUUGAUCCUAUAGUAUAUUCCUGGCUCGACGGCAACACUACCGAUGGUGAAGAGGACACUGAUGCUCCUGAGCUGGGGCCAGUCGAUGGUGCCAAUGUCUCUAGGUCGCAGCUUCUGGUAGCUGCCACUGGGUUGGAAGGGGAUGAUCUUCCUUUAGUAAGGUUUGUGCGCCCUAGUCGGGUAGCUGCUGGUGGAAUGGAGAUGAACACAAGUAUACUUCGGCGGUCCAGUCAAGGGGCUGCUGCAAUUGAGGCCGGGACUCCUGAGCUUCGCUUUCAGAGGGUGAUACAGAUUAGCCAGCAGCACAGCAUUGUGAGGCCAGCAUCAGCGAACCGCAGUCAAGGGGCAGCUAGUACAGAUGCGGAUAGGCUUGUCUGGGCAAUCCAGCGCACUCAUAACUCUUUAGAAGCAGCAAGGCGGCAAAAGCUAGAUGGCGACAAGGUGUGUGGAAACGGUGCUGCUAAGAAGGAUGGGUCCUGUGACUGCAACUCCAGCUUUGAGUGUAAUAUCUGUCUUGACCCAGCUAAAGAGCCCGUGGUUACACCCUGCGGUCACCUCUUCUGUUGGCCAUGCUUGUACCAGUGGCUUCAUGCACAUUCACCCCACUCUGAGUGCCCUGUAUGCAAGGGUGAGGUGCUAGAAGUGAAUGUCACUCCGAUAUAUGGAAGAGGCGGUGAAGAAGGGGAUUCCACCAACCCUGACUUGCCACCCAGGCCACGAGCAAACAGAAGGGAGAGCCUGAGGCAACAGCUGCAAAUGGCAGACACAAGAGGAAUUGCAACAGUGGUGAGGCAGUUGAUACAAAACCAGGGUAUAGUUAGAGGCCUCCCAAGCCCAACAGGGAUCGAAAUGAAUGUCGUUCCUGCAGGCCGGCAAAGGGCUAGGGCUCGGAGACAGCAAAGGCAGGAUAGUAAUGCAUCGCCUUCCAUACAUGUUGUAGCGCAGAAUAUGGGCAAUGUUGCCUCUGAGAGCAGCAAUCAAAUUCAGUUGCCACAUUCUAAUGGCGACAAUGCUGCACAGAUGGUUCUUGCAGCUCCUCAGCAGUCAUUGUCUGUCGAACAGCUGUCAACUUCUAGCACCACAGCUGUUAUAGUGGGCGAGCCUGGGUCAAGUAGGCGGUCAAGGCCUUCGGAGUCCCCAACCAUAAGAAGAACAAGGAGGAGGCCGCAGUAG